AAUAUACUUUUCCUAGGAAUACAUCCUCUCCAUCUAUUAGAAAAUGCCCCUCAAAAUCCUCUGCUUCGGCAACUCCCUAACCGCAGGCUUUCGAUCCUACGGUAUCGAACCCAACCACCCUUACGCACUCGCUCUCAAAGAACAAGUGCUCUCCGCCGAACUGGACCCUUCAACCCUUGGGGCUGACGAUGGACAAAUCGAGAUCGACGUUGAAGGUCAACCAGGCGAUUUGGUGAAUUGUCCUCCUGGACGGUUUUUGGAGAGGAUGAAGAGGAGAUUAGACACAAAAACAUACGACUGGGUCAUCGUGCUCGGUGGAACAAAUGACCUAGGCUACGGCUCCUUCACGCCAGACGAAAUCUACACGGGGCUCAAAACAACCUGGUCUCAAGCCCUAACCUCCUCACCAACCACCAAAAUCCUCGCUCUCACCGUGCCUGAAUGCGCAUAUCGCUCGCAGAAAUUAGAUCGAAAUCGAGAUGCGUUGAAUAAAUUGAUCCUGGAGCAUAAAGAGGAUCGAUUUUAUACAUUUGACCUCAAAUCUGCGAUUCCAUAUCAUACCAUGGAUGAACAACGCCGGGAGCAAAUCUGGGAUGAUGGAUUGCAUUUUACGGACAAAGGGUACGAUCUGAUGGGCGAGAUUAUUGCGGUGAGACUUUUGGAGAUCUUGACAAGGUCUUCUACAUAA